AUGGAGCUCCGGGUUAUACCAGCUGUCCCCAGUCCCGCCACCACGGCCGCCACUCCGGCCGCCGCCAACGCCGCCCUCGAGGCCCCGCCCCCUUGGCUACAGCCGGUUCCGGUUCCGCCCCCACGCUCGCGCGCGCGCGCGCACGACCCCCGCCGGCUGACCAAUGGCGCCAGGAGUUGCGGCCGAUGGCGGCUGCGGGGCCAACUGGUGCUAACCCCGCGUCAAUGCGGGGGAUUCAGGAACUCAGCCCCAGCCUGA